AUGGCGGCUGGGGGGAGGGAGGGCAUGGAGGCCUUCUUGUCCCGGGGGCUUUGCUCAACGCUCCCGGACACUCGCUCACCUGCUGCAGCUGGCCUUUUGGGGGGGUUUAAAAGGUUUUUGCGAGGGGGAUAUGUGUUGGGCUGGAUCGAAAGAACCGUUGAAGGGUAUUAUGGCGUUCGGCUCUCUGGCUGCUCUAAGAAAGAUGCAGCAGAAUCUGCAGCAUGUGCGUGUGGGAGCAGGGAGGGAGGGAGGGAGCGACUGGGAACGUUACGUGGGGCCUUCCGUCGCUUUUCCCGCACUUUGGAAACUAAACCGUCGAUGCGCACGUAUAUGUUGACGUGCGCUGUGCUGGGCCAACAUACUGCCACCGCUGAAGAAGCUAUAUCCUCCCAUAACUCAUUCUACGGUGCCUUCGAUGGCGGCUUUCCGCACGGCUGGAAAAUGUUAUGGAAUUUGGGAUUGGGAAAUUCCAUGGAGAUCUGCGUUGGGGGCGGGGAGAAAACUGGAAUCCAAGAGACUAGUGUGGUGUGGUAUGCUGGACCGGGACUUUUCUCUCCGGACUAA